AUGGACGACCACCUCUCAGACGACGAGCUCGACCACGCGCCCAAAAUACACGUCUCCAAACAUGUGCCGCCGCCAUUCGCUUUGGACGACGCGUUUGCUGAUGGCGACGAGGCCGACCACACCCUUGAAUUCUCUCCGGAAGCGGUUCGAAAAGAGUUUGCGAAAGCGUACAGUAGCAUCGACAGCCACGUAGCCCAGGAUGACCUUGCGGGCUAUGUUGCAAAAAUUGGAUUAUCCGUCGAACCCGAUAUGUCUGUAUCGACCUUGAGCAGCGAUACAUCCGGACCCGAUCCCUCUUCCUCACCUGCUCUGCAGCCCUCCAAGUCUGCCGGGCCUCAGCUUGUCUCACAGCCCUCACUUGAGGGAUCCUUCUACGAUAUACAGCUCUCCGAUGGCUCGCCACGGCUUUCUCAUUCACUCGAGCCUCCAAACCUUCCUGCUGGUGAUGAUAUUGGACCUACCAGUAGACCGGUAUCUCCCCCACCUGUACAUACACCAGAGCUUGUGUCUUCGGCCCCGGAGGCUAAAUUGGAUAUUGUACAAGAGGUCGAGAUUCCAGUCACUGGUUCUCAGCCGGUUCCGUAUGGUAGGGUCCUCGCUCAAGCCUCGCCUCGACCCGCUACUCCCCGCUCCUCUGCCAGUGUCUCGUCUACCUCAUCCAAUUUACCCACCUCAAUGUCACUCCCCACUCCUACUUCAUAUGCGUCUGAAAAUUCCAUUAUUUCUGCCCCACCUGCAAUUACUCACCGCCGAGCGGUUCGUUCCAUGGGCCCUAGUGCGCUCGAUAAGGUUAUUAGCAAGACUCGUCCGCCGUUCUUACCCCCCAAGUCUCGCGCAGAAGACUUGAAGCAUAUGGCUGACUGGGAGGCUAUGAUGAAGCGAAGUCGGACAGCCGAGGAGAAGAGACGAGCUGCACUGCAGGAAAGGCGAUCCGCACGUGAACGAAAGAUUGAAGAAUCGAUCGGCAUUUGGGAACGCGCUAUUCUACCCGAUUGGACCGUUGUGAAGAGAAAUACGUCACUCAGGAAACUGUGGUGGGCCGGAAUUCCUACAAAACUCAGAGCGACAAUGUGGCAGAGCGCAGUGGGAAAUGCUCUUGUACUGAGCAAAGAUGCAUACAAGUCAUGUCUAUCGCGAGCAAGGAGAGCGCUGUCUCACGGAACGUUCCCAACUACAGUUCUUGGUUUUCUAGAGGACGACAUCAAGACCACAAUGCCAAACUUGCGUCUGUUUCUUCCGGGAACGGGGCCCAUGUAUCAGGAUUUGAAGGACAUGUUGUGUGCAUGGGUAGUGUCUCGUUCGGACGAGGGGUUGGGAUACAUUCUAGGGGCUGCUAAAAUCGCUGCUAUGCUGCUGCUCAACAUGGAUCCUGCUGAAGGAUUUGUCGUCAUGAGGAACCUGCUGGAACGACAUUGUCUGCGAUCUUUCUUCGGCGGAAUAGCAUCAAAAGACGAUGUUGAAGCUUAUUACAGAAUCUUCGACACCCUGCUCGCCGAUGGGAUGCCCAAAAUAUACUUUAACUUCAAGCAGCACCAGAUUUCGCCAGCCUCAUAUCUCCCUGAUUGGCUAGUCCCGCUCUUCCUAGAUCACCUUCCGUUCGAAGCUUGUGCAAGACUUUGGGAUAUUCUAGUACUUGAAGGCGACUCGUUUCUUUUCCGAGCGUCCCUGGCUAUUUUGGCUGUCUUGGAAUCACGCUUGUUCUUCCCGGACCGUCGCGAACUUUUAGAGCUAUUGAGGGGAGAAAAUAAACCGGCGAUUGAGGUUGCAAAGCGAGACAGCCGGCUUUUGAAUGGGGCGAAGUACGAGAUAUAUGGUGUCGAUGAAGAAACACUCUGGGAGCGCCUCGAUAGCAUGGAUGAAUGGUGGCGAGAAAGCACAUGGACGAGACUCAUACAGCGAGAGCUACCGGACUUGUGA